AUGACGUCCGCAUUCAAGUCCUUCGUCACGGGCGCCAAAAAGUUCGCCCUGGGCACCGCCCACGGCGUAUCGGCCCUCGACCUCUUCCCCAAGACGGACCCGGCCGUCGACGGCGAGGACUGCGAGCACGACUGCGAGAGCUGCCACGUCAAGUACCCCAAGGGCUUCAAGAUUGACGAGGGCGACGAGCUAUAUGGCAUGGUCAAGGGGUGGAGCACGCACGCGCUCGUGGCGACGGGGAAGAGCGAUUGGGUGAGGGACGUUGCGGACGAGAAGGGGAGCGUGAUGGAGGCUAUCGGGAGGGCUGCGGCGCCGAGUAAUGGGAAACUCAUGCUCUCGGCCUCCAACAUCCCGACACCGAACCACUCGAGCGAUUAUACCGAACCCACGACCGUCCUCCUCCUCCCGGCUUUCGUCAUCAUCGACCACGUCACCCCGAAAAGCGUGCCGGAGCUCAUUACCGAGUUCGUAGACAAGGCGCCGACGAACACCUCCCCGCUCGCGCCGCUCGCCCUCCCGACCUCCGUCCCCGUAGCAUCGACAAACGGCAACGGCACCGACGCGAGCGCGGCCGCGCCGAGCACACCCCCCGAGAUCUCCCGCCGCCCGUGCCCGCACGGCGCGCUGAUCCUCCUCUGCUCGCAAAAGACGCGCGACGCCCGCUGCGGACAGUCCGCGCCGCUGCUGCGCAAGGAGCUGGAGCGCCACCUCCGGCCCCUGGGGCUCUUCCGCGACAUGGACGACGAGAGGCCCGGCGGGGUGGGGAUCUACUUUAUCUCGCACGUCGGCGGGCACAAGUACAGCGCCAACGUGAUGGUGUACCGCCGGCCCGACGCCUUUGGGCUGGACGAGGCGGAGCGCGUCAGGGAGGGAGGGGAGUUGGUGCCCGAGGCGAGGACGGCGGCCGCGCUGCCGGAGACGGAGGAUGUGGGUGCUGCGCAGUGCAUUUGGCUUGCGCGGAUCAAGCCUGAGGAUUGUGAGAAUUUGGUAAAGUAUACGGUUUUGCAGGGCAAGGUUGUGAAGCCUGAGACGCAGUUGAGGGGUGGAUUUGAUAGGGCCAAGGGGAUAAUGAGUUGGUGA